UUUUCGUGUCGUCCAAAGUUGAAUCAAUAAUCAUCGAAAACUGCAAAAAAAAAAAACUACUUUUUCCAUCUCCGCUAUUGUUUGUGCUUCUACAACACAACAGCUCUGAGAUUUCCCAAUUAUUAGGGCUUUUUUGCUUUGUUGUUUUUCAUUCAGUUCAAAAAUGGAGAAAAUCAGGAAAGCAUCUCAUGCUGGUUCUUGGUACACUGAUAAUCCCCAAGAACUAGCAGAACAGCUUGAUGGCUGGCUGAGAGCUGCUGGCUUAGCCAAGUCUUCUGAUGUACGAGGUGUAAUUGCACCUCAUGCAGGCUAUUCAUAUUCUGGUCGUGCAGCAGCUUAUGCAUUUGGGAACAUAGACCCAACCAACAUUUCUCGGAUAUUUCUACUCGGUCCAUCUCACCACUAUUAUACUCCAAAAUGUGCACUUUCAAGAGCCACAGUUUACAAGACUCCUAUAGGAGAUUUACCCAUUGAUGAAGAAGUAAAUGACGAGCUAAAAGCUACGGGGCACUUUGAAUACAUGGAUCUUAGAGUUGAUGAAGCUGAACAUAGCAUGGAAAUGCACCUUCCAUAUCUUGCUAAAGUUUUCCAAGGGUAUCCAGUGAAAAUUGUGCCCAUUCUGGUUGGGGCUCUUAGUGCUGAAAGUGAAGCCCUUUAUGGACGGUUUCUCGCAAAAUAUGUGGAUGACUCGAAGAAUUUCUUCUCAGUGUCUUCGGAUUUUUGUCAUUGGGGAUCAAGGUUCAACUACAUGCAUUAUGACAAAAGCCAUGGAGCUAUUUACAAAUCUAUUGAAGUCUUGGAUAAAAUGGGUAUGGAUAUUAUAGAAACAGGAGAUCCAGAUGCAUUCAAACAGUACCUGUCAGAGACGGACAACACCAUUUGUGGAUGCCAUCCAAUCAGUGUUUUUCUUCAUAUGUUGAAAAACUCGUCGACUAAGAUAAAGAUUAGAUUUCUUCGAUAUGAACAAUCGAGCCAGUGCAAAUCUAUGAGGGACAGCAGCGUAAGCUAUGCAUCGGCAGUGGGAAAAGUUGAUGGUUGAAUUUUAUCAUACAGAAGUUGCUUCUCUGUGGAGAGGCUAAUUAUGUGAGUGUUAGUCAAUCUAACCGUGUAAUAUCUGACAAUCGUUGCGUUGAUAUUGGACCAUCUUAUUCUGGGUUUCGUAUUAAUAAAAAUUCAUACUAGUAAUUUAUUAAUCCCAUUAGCUAAACAAUUUCCUUGAUGUAAUUGCUCUGUAUGAGCAAGAUAUACUCAGGUCCCCUCCUUGUGUGCUUGUGUUUGAUGUUGAAGUAAAUUUUUAUAAUUAGUCAA